CGUGUGCUGGAGCUGGGCCAGAGGCGGCUGGGUUGGAGGUGGGGAGGUACUACUAGGCAGGGCCUGAUGUGCUGAGUACUUCUUGGAGAGAGAGAGAGAGGGAGAGAGAGAGAGAGAGAGAAAAGCUUCUUUGAUGUAGACAGACCAGUUCCCUGAGCGAGCGAGAGAGCGAGUGCUGGAGGUGGAGGUGGUUGGUUGGAGUUGGAGAGGGGGAGGAGAGGAGAGGAGGAGGAGGUUCCGACAGGGCACAUUGUAGCGGUGCUCAUAGCUUUAGCAUUCAGCCCUUUGGCAACCCAGGAGGAAUAACAUGGGCUCCUCUGGCAGCAAAGCCUGCCUAAAGACUCCUCCACUUACCAGAAAGAAAGGCAAGGUGUGUUUUCAUCUCUCGCUCUUAGUUCUUUUUCGGCAGAGGCGGAGAGAGCGCGGCAGGGAGAGAGGGGGGAGCGAGAGCGAGAGGGGAGAGAGAGAGAGAGAGAAGAGAGGGAUAGCGAGAGGGAGAGGGGGGAGAGAGAGAGGGAGGGCGAGCGAAGAGAGAGAUAGGGGGGGAGGAGGGAGGGAGGGAGGGAGGGAGAGGAGGGCGGAGGGGAGGGAGGGAGGGAGGGAGGGGAGGGGUGAGGGAGGGGGGAGGGAGGAGGGAUGGAGGGAGGGGCUUGAGGUGAGGAGGGCGAUCUUAUCUCUCUCUCUAUCUCUCACCCAGUUCUCUCUCGCUCUAUCUCUACCCUUUCGUCUCUCUCUCUUUCUUUCUUUCUCUCUCUCUCUCUCUCUCUUUCUCCUCUCUCUAUCUCUCCUCUCUCUCUCUUUCUUUUCCCUCUCUCUUUCCUCCUUUCUCUGUCUGCUGGUUCACUUACAGCUGACAGAUUGGAUUUAUGACUAUAAAGUAUGUGUGUGUGCAUGGCAUGUGCAAAAUAGAGAUGGUUAUGAAGUGAUCAUUGUGUCUUUGUUUUAAAGAGUGUGGUAAUGUACUUUGGACAUGAUUACUGCACCGUCUAUGUUUGACCAUUUUGAGAAUCGUCUCUCUGUGUGUGCAUGUGUGUGUAGCCCUGGUUUGGAUUAGUACAGGGUCUAGCCUGCGAUCAUUUUGGGACAUUGAGACAGUGUUGAUAUGUAUGGGAGUGUGAGUGUGUGUAAGAAUUCACGAGUUUAUGAGAGAAUUUGUGUAUGUGACAGAAUGUAAGCUACGUCUGAGAGGAAGCAUGUGUAUCUUAGUUUUAGUCGAUCUAUUUAUUUAUGCAUAUGCCUAUGUGAGAUGAAACCACACAAAUGUGAGAGUUGUCACGUGUUCCCAGUUUCUAAGAUACCCUAUGUCACUUCUAAGUCACUUCUAAGUCACCCUAAAAGUCGUCUCUCCCAGUUUGAUAACAGAGUGAUACAGUGUCAUAAAGAAAACAGUGGCUGAUGUCGAGACAGCUGCUGAAAACGCUAGCCUGGUUCCCACAUCCGUUUGUGCAGUCUCGCCAACUCCUAUGGACCAUAGAAGUUGGCAAGAUGGCACAAACAGAUCUGGGACCAGGCUAUGAAAAUGCUGCUCUCAUUACUGUAUUGUUUCACAGUCUCUGUAGCCUACCCAGCUGGCUAAUGUAGGUUACUGUAGGUUGUUAUUAGAAGUUAGAGCAUUAAGCGACACGCCUAUAGGAAUAUGUUGUACUGUUAUUAGGUCACCAUACUGAAGCCUUUAAUUGUUUGAAGUCUAAGGAAUGAUGUUGUGGAAAGCUGUCCGUUGAGUCAUAAUGUCUGACGUAAAACGAUUGUCUGGUUCGACUCGAAACUAAAGUCUCACAUAGUUUAGGAAUAGUUUUUCCAUUGACUUAAUUACUAAUCAUAUUUCUCUCUCUCUCUCUCUCUCUCUCUCUCUCCUCUCUCCUCUCUCUCUCUCUCUCCCUCUCUCCUCCUCUCUCCCGGCUCUUCUCUCUCGCCUCGCUCUCUCUCUCUCUCUCUCUCUCUCUCUCUCUCUCUCUCUCUCUCUCUACGACAGCGUGAAGAGGCAUUGAAGCUGAAGAAAGGACUGUCCUUGGAGCUUUCUAACCUGCGCGAUGAACUCAGUAAGAAAAAACACUUCAAGCAUGUCUUCACGUAACCCGGUGCUCCGUCUACCCCUCUACCUCUUACAUAUUCACUUUUAUCAACACGUCAGUUGCUCAAGGAAUAGCAAGUGUUGGCAAAGCAGAAAAUCUAAACAUAAAGAAGGAAAUUAUCAAGGAAAACAAUUAAUCAAACUGCUGCCAAUUGGGUCUCAUUAUGACUGAAGACAAUAAGGUUUAUUUACACUCAAUUUGAAUGGGAAUGAACCUUCCCUCUGUUUCACGCUCAUUCCCCUGACCUGUUGGCUUAUCAUUAACGCCUUAUCAGGUCGUCAACUGCCAUCCAAAACACUUUGUGCUGGCCAACUUUCAGCCUCCAUGUAGCCAUUAUUAUGAGCCGUCAUCCCCUAGGCUGUAUUAAGGAAGCGUGAAUGCAAGCCUUGGCAUGUUUUACAGUAAUGUGUGUGCCUGUGUGUACACCUGUUUGUGUGUGUGUGUGUCAGGGACAUGCAUUGAACUGAUGUUAUUGGUAGCCUGUGCAGCAGUCAUAAAGCCUUAAUAAUUACAGAUACAGGCAGACAGUCUCCUUUGUCCACGGUCUUCCUUCAAGCAUGACUCGGCGUCUUCCCUGAAGCAUUCACCAACAGUAGUUAGUGGUAGUCUCUCUGCAGCAUCAUCUUUGUUUAUCCUCGUGGAGACAUGCUACAUCACUGCCAGAAUAGGACAAUAGUUUUAACAUAAUGGGUUUGAGUGCUGUGGAACUGCUUGUCAAGGAAGGGGGUUGUUCUCUUUAGGAGGAAGCGUUCAGACUCUAAUUCUAGAGAAACAUGGUUGGUAACAUCUGGUUGUUGUAGAGCAGGGAUCAGUAAGUAGAUUACGCCGCGGGCAAAUUAUUUUCUGGAGUGGAUGGUCAGUGGGCCAGAACACAAUUACAAAAACGUUGUAGACUGCAAAUUGACCGCAAGAAGCCCAUAAAUAUAUAAUAUUUGACUAAAACACAAACAUUUCAAACCUUGCUUACAUUUGUAUACGAUCACAUAUAUCUAUUAUGCGUGGAAAUACUUAUGAACAGAAUUAAAAUCACUUGGAGCUGAUUUGCUGGUGUUUUUAGUCUUUACAAUUUUUUUACAUGGGGGGCCAAAUAAAAUCAUCUGCGGGCCAAAUUCGGACCGCGGGCCGCCAGUUGGGUAACCCUGUUGUAGCACAAUCGGACAUUUUAACAAUCUGACAUUUCGAUCCAACUUUCCCCAGAAUUUCGAUGUUUAGAAUGUUCAAAUACUUCCAGUUUUAAAAACAUGCAUCCUUCCUUCCUCCCUUCCUUCAAGAUAAUCCCUGAUCUGACACGACUGGAUAGGUGAAUUAUAUGUGAUAGAAUCCUCUCUUACACCUAUCAAUUUUUGUUAGUGGUGAUCAUUUCAAGGAAGGCGGGAAGGUGUUUGUGAACAUGUUCAAACACUCAUUGUUCUGAAUGUGUUUCAUACAUUCCAAGGCAUUCCAUUCUGUUCUGUUCCACCAAUGAUGUCAGAGUCAGAGUUCCGUUCCAGAGGAGUGGGCUUGUUCAGUUCUGUUCCUUAGACUUGGCCCAGACCCCAGACGUUGUAAUGUGUUACGAAAUGGAGAGGAAACGUGUGCCGUUUCAUUUUACCCACGUGCCCCAUGACAGGCCCAGACGUCCUGCCAAAAACUCGUCAACCCUCGCCACCUGUGCAAGAUGCCUUAGAGGCAUCUGGUUGGAACGGCUGUACAAUGUGGUUGUGAUGAGAAAUACCAAUGGCCGUCUGCUGUCAGGGAUAUAGAGAGCUAGAAAGCCCCCUUCUCUUUUAAACACACACACACACACACCCCGACUAUAAUUCUGUACAAUUCCCUCACACUUCUCUCUCACACAAAGAUAUUAUAUUAUAUCUUAUACAAACAUACUUUUACUACACAGUUCUAUUGAAAACUACACAGUUCAGUCUCAACAUACACACUCAUGCAAGCCUGGACACACCCUUUAACUGCCAUACCAAGCCCCUCCCCCUUCCCCCUAAAAGCACACACAUGCUUAAAUUGACUUUUUUUCCCACCAAACCUCAGCAGAAAAUACAUCAACUACCAUCUGUUUGAUGAGUGGGGGCUUUGGUGUGCUUGUUGAACCUUGACCCCUGUUUUUACACAUGGCUGUGGAAUGUAUGGAUCUCACUCUCACCACCUCCUUCAAAACUCUCUCUGUUAACGGCAGACUUUGAGAAGCGCUAACAAGUCUCUUUGCUAUGUCUACUGUAUGUUUGACCAGCAGAACCUGUGUCAAUAUGUUUCUCUUCAAGCUAGUGAAAGGACAUUGUCAGUCUGACUUCCAGGGAUUUGAUUUGUCUUUCCCAACAGUUUUACUGUUAACAGUUGUAGGAUCUUUAUAUUGAGUGGAUAAUAGUCACAGGUAAGAUUGCUGAUUGAGUUAAAGGGAUAGUUCAGGUUUGGUAAUGAAGCCCUUUAUCUAUUUCCCCAGAGUCUGAUGAACUCAUGGAUACCAUUUUGUAUGUCUCUGCUGGUUAGCACUGGCUCGCGAAAUGACCUCUAACAUACUGGACACAGAGACAUAAAAAUGGUAUGGUUCAUGUGAAUCUGGGGAAGUAGAUAAAGGGGCUUCAUUGCCAAAAUCCCGAACUAUCCCUUUAAAUCUGAUCCUGGAUAAAUGUGUAUCUUGAGCUGAUAAUGGCUACAGUAACAGGCUUGAGUAAAUCCUGAUCCUAGAUCUGCCCUUAUAUACACGUUCUUUCCAGCCCCCUUCGUUGUUCCUUCUUGAACCAUGAUGUCAUGUUAUGAAACAACUUGUGGGGGGGGGGGGGGCAGCAGUGCUGAUGUCAUAAUACGGGGCCACAUGCCAGUCACACCUGCCCCCAAUCCACACACACACACACACACCCUUUCUGUUAGUUACCCCAUAAUAAAGACAGGACCUGUCUGUUAACGGGCUCACAGCUGCCGGCCUUUAUGACAUCAUUGCCGUGGCAACAGGCCUCAGAGUUAAUCCCACUGAGUAAUGAGGAAAUAUCAACUGUCCAGGCUGCGCUGCGCCGUGCCGUGCUAUAGGAAUCUGGUAUUAUCAUUACAUAUAUGGUCUAUCAUUACAUAUGUAAUAAAACAUAGUCCUAUCAUUAGAUGUCGAUUAAGUAGGUUAUAGCCUACUAGACCCAAAUUAAGCCUACUCCUGGUUGGGUAAGAAAAUGAUGUUCAAUGGAGACCCGAACAUGGGGAGAGUUGUCGUAAAGUGUUGUGUGAAAGGAUGCAUAUGAUUCUGAUCAAGAUAGAGCUUAGGGUUGGAUUGCACAAUGUUGGAAUAGUCCUGCAUUUUCCCAGUGCUUUGUCAGAUGUUCACAUCUAAUUGGUGUUUUUGUAACGCUGUUCCAAAAACACCAAUCGGCCGUUAGGAGAUGUUAUUCCAACACUUUCCCCUCUUAUUACAGUGAAGUCAUUAUUUAUCAUAGAGCCUCAUUCUGGGUAAUUGUGUUUUGAAAGUGAAUUCUAAAAUACAAAGUGAUGAUGACAGUCUCUCUCUUUCUCCAUCUCUCCCUUUCCUCCCCCUCUUCCCCAUCCCUCCCUCCCUCCCUCCCUCCCUCCCUCUCCAGUCUCCUCGUCCCAGUGCUGUGAGCGGCUGCAUAAGGAGAAGGAGGAGGUGCAGGUGUCUCUGGAGGAGGCGGUGCGGAGGCUCCAGAGGGAUCACCAGGCUGAGCUGACCGGGCUGGAGGAGAGGCUCAAGGCCUUCUACCAGGCGGAGUGGGACAAGGUGCACCAGGCCUACCAGGAGGAGGCGGAUAAAUGUCGAGCCCUCAUGGAGCAACAGGUCAGUGGUGAGGUGGGGACUGGGCUUGUGUUACUGAACAAGUGUGUUAGCCCGCCGAGCUGAAGUCUGCUGGUUUUACCUUGGGGGGAGCCAACGCAAGUCUUGCUCCCUGAUCAAAUCAAAUGUUAUUGGUCACAUACAGUGGCUUGCGAAAGUAUUCACCCCCCUUGGCAUUUUUCCUAUUUUGUUGCCUUACAACCUGGAAUAAAAAUUAUUUUUGGGGGGGGGUUUGUAUCAUUUGAUUUACACAACAUGCCUACCACUUUGAAGAAACAAAAUAUUUUUUAUUGUGAAACAAACAAGAAAUAAGACAAAAAAACAGAAAACUUGAGCGUGCAUAACAAUUUUUUGUGGUGCCAUAUUCUUUCCAUUUUUAUAUAAUGGAUUUAAUGGUGCUCCGUGGGAUGUACAAAGUUUCGGAUAUUUUUUUAUAACCCAACCCUGAUCUGUACUUAUCCACAGCUUUGUCCCUGACUUGUUUGGAGAACUCAUUGGUCUUCAUGGUGCCGCUUGCUUGGUGGUGCCCCUUGCUUAGUGGGGUUGCAGACUCUGGGGCCUUUCAGAACAGGUGUAUAUAUACUGAGAUCAUGUGACACUUAGAUUGCACACAGUUGGACUUUAUUUAACUAAUUAUGUGACUUCUGAAGGUAAUUGGUUGCACCAGAUCUUAUUUAGGGGCUUCAUUGCAAAGGGGGUGAAUACAUAUGCACGCACCACUUUUCCGUUAUUAAUUUUUUUGAAUUAUUUGAAACAAGUUAUUUUUUUCAUUUCACUUCACCAAUUUGGACUAUUUUGUGUAUGUCCAUUACAUGAAAUCCAAAUAAAAAUCAAUUUAAAUUACAGGUUGUAAUGCAACAAAAUAGGAAAAAACUCCAAAGGGGAUGAAUACUUUUGCAAGGCACUGUACACAUAUUUAGCAGAUGUUACUGCGGGUGUAGGGAAAUGCUUGUGUUCCUAGCUCCAACAGUGUAGUAGUAUCUAACAAUUCACAACAAUACACACAAAUCUAAAAGUAAACAAAUGGAAUUAAGAAAUAUAUAAAUAUUAAGACGAGCAAUGUUGGAGUGGCAUUGACUAAAUAUAGUAGAAUAGAAUACAGUAUAUACAUAUGAGAUGAGUAAAGCAGUAUGUAAACAUUAUUAAAGUGACUAGUGUUCCAUUAUUAAAGUGGCCAGUGAUUCCAUGUCUAUGUAUAUAGGGCAGCAGCUUCUAAUGUGCAGGGUUGUGGAACCGGGUGGUACAUUUACAUUUACAUUUUAGUCAUUUAGCAGACGCUCUUAUCCAGAGCGACUUACAUAUAUAUAUAUAUAUAUUUUUUUUUUUUUUUUUUUUUUUUUUUUUAUACUGGCCCCCUGUGGGAAUCAAACCCACAACCCUGGCGUUGCAAACACCAUGCUCUAUCAACUGAGCUACAUCCCUGCCGGCCAUUCCCUCCCCUACCCUGGACGACGCUGGGCCAAUUGUGCGCCGCCCAUGAGUCUCCCGGUCGCGGCCGGCUGGUAGCCGGCUAGUGAUGUCUAUUUAACAGUCUGAUGGCCUUGAGAUAGCUGAUGAUGAUGAUGAUGAUGGUGAUGAUGAUGAUGAUGAGUAACCUUGCCUUAAGACGUAAAGACUCGCGUUGGCUCUCUGAGUUAAUGCCUAGGCUUUAGCUCAGAGGGCUAACACAGGUCUUACAGUGCGGAGAAGUCCGGGUUUUGAACCCAGUAAGUCACACUUGUGUAACCAGCUGGGACUGGAACACAGGCGGUCAGAGCAGAACAUGAACAAAGGCAUAGAGCCAACGUUGAUCAAUGUCAGUGCACUAUAAACACAGUAUUGAGUUUUUAGCUAUUAGCGAUCGAUACGCCGCCUCUAAGGCUGCUGGGGGCUGAGGGGAUAGGGUUGGUGUGAUGUCAUCGCUAUGACUCGCGUCCUGUGAUUUAUGCCGUGUUCACGUGAUAGUCGGAACUCUGAAAUGUCCAACUUGCUAACUGGUUGAACGCGGCACGUGUUUAACUACAACCUAUUAGAAAGUUGGACAUUUCAGAGUUUCCUAGUUCCUACUAGCACGUAAACGCGGCAUUAGUACACUUCUGAAACACUCCGUUGGCUCUUACACACACCACACACAGAGCCCAACUCGUAAACACUGCCCGGGAUUUACGACCGUUGCCAUGGUUAUUACACCCUGAUGUCAUCAGCGGUACAACGGGGCGGCAUGGAUGAAUAUGAAUUGGCACGUAGGAAUAUUUCCUAAGUCAUCUAUGGCCUACAUCUAACUGUAGAGCUAAAAUGCUAAUUCAAUCAGCGAUAAAUCAUCGAUAUGAGCAUGUUCCAAAUCAGAUACUUUUUGCACACACUCCCACACACAAAACACACACCUCAUACACACACAGACUCCUGCACAUACACACACACACAUAGCCAAUGCUGCUGCCCCAUGUAUAUAGAGACAUUAAAUACUGGACACUUCCCAUUUCUUUUAUUCUGCUUUCACACUGUGUAUUUAAAUACUGGAUUCUCCACAUAGCUCAUUCUAUCAUUUAAAUACUGGAUUCUCCACAUAGCUCAUUCUAUUAUUUAAAUACUGGAUUCUCCACAUAGCUCAUUCUAUUAUUUAAAUACCGGAUUCUCCACAUAGCUCAUUCUAUUAUUUAAAUACCGGAUUCUCCACAUAGCUCAUUCUAUUAUUUAUAUUUAUAUUUAUAUUUUAGUCAUUUAGCAGACGCUCUUAUCCAGAGCGACUUACAUGAGCAAUUAGGGUUAAGUGCCUUGCUCAAGGGCACAUCGACAGAUUUUUCACCUAGUCGGCUCGGGGAUUAGAACCAGCGACCUUUCGGUUACUGGCACUAUUUCUCAUUUUAACUGCCCUGUUAAGAGCUAGUAACACAAGCAUUUCUCUGCACCCGAUAUAACAUCUGGUAAACUGUGUAUGUGACCAAUAAACUUUGAUUUGAUUUGAAAUGUGUAAUAAUAAUGGGGGAAUCUUAGUAGUAUGAAUUGGAAGUAUAAAGAGGAAACCAUAUUAGACUAUUGAGAUACACCCUAUAAAUGUAAUGGCAUACUGAAAUAACCAACUUGUGUUACUGACUGGUGAGAGGACCCCAAGGAAUCAAUCAAUUGAUGAAACCUUUUCUUCUUCUCUUUUCUUUUCUUCUUCUUCUCUUUUCUUUUCUUCUUCUCUUUUCUUCUUUUCCUCUUCUUCUCUUUUCUUCUUCUCUUUUCUUUUCUUCUUCUCUUUUCUUCUUUUCUCUUUUUUUUUCUUUUCUUCUUCUUCUCUCUGUCAGCUGGAGGAGAUGAGGAGCAGACAGGAGACUCUGAGGAAAAACUCUGAGGCCAGUCACGCUCAGCAGAUGGACACGCUCAAACUGACCCACGACACCGCAGUCCAAGGUGAGGACACACAACCACACACCCUCAUAUCACAGAACUCAUUGGUCUUUUCAUUUGGAAUUCAUCCCUCCAUUCUUCUGUCCCAUCAAUUCACCCAUCCACCCAUCAAUACAUCCAUCCACUCAUCAAUCCAACCAUCAACCCAUCAAUCCAUCCAUCCAUCCACUCAUCAAUCCAUCCAUCCAUCCACCCAUCAAUCCAUCCAUCCAUCCAUCCAUCCACCCAUUAAUCAUCCAACAAUCCAUCCAUCUCAGGCAUCCACACACUUGGUUGGUUUUCACAUAAGAAAUUAUUAAUCCAAAAUUGUUUAAUUUGUGAAUAAAUAACUAGAUUUCCCCCAUCAUUGACUCAGUGUGUGUGUUGUUGUUUUGCAGAGCUCAGGAAAACUCUGGAACAGGACCUGGAGAACCUGGACAAAACACUAAAGGAAACGGAGGCCACUCUCACUGUAAGAUCCAUGUUCCCUGUACCUCCCUGAUCACAGCCUUACCAACACUACUAUCUUCUGUCUGUCUUAUAUAAACUCAGUAUCAGGGAUUAACACUGUUGACGCUCUCACCCACUUUCUCUCUCUCUCACACUCACAACAGGAGAAAAUACAGGACCUCACGUUGGAGAACGAGGCGCUGAGCGAGAAGCUGAGAGCGGAGGAGGAGAGGAGGAGGAUUCUGGCAGAGAAGAACCUGGUAAAUGGAGUAUGAUGUCAUCCUAUGUAGUGCCCUAAUUUUGACCAGAGCCCUCUGGGACACAGACAGGUGCUGAAUAAUGCUAUUAUUCUGGUACACUGUGUACCUCAGUCUACAAUACUACUGCUGUGAGACAGAUGUCCCAGGGACAUGUUUACUGCUUCUCUUCUUCUUGUUAUUGGGCCAUAUGGUCUUUAUACUGGUGUAAUACUGUACCCUGCUGGUUGGGAAUGGAAAUGCAGCACUGGUCAUUGUGUCCGUUUCUGAGAUGGCAGUGUUUGGGGAUUUAUCCACUGUGACUCAUGCAUAUUUUGUUUCAUUUGGGAAUCAAACCCACAACUCUGGUACUGCAAUCGUCCAACUAAAAUUGGGUUUUUGAACGACUGUUGUUUGUCUGGAACAACAGUUUGUGGGGGAAUAGAAGAGGUCAGGGAUAGGACAAUGGUUUGUGAAUGAAAUUCUCUCUCUCUCUCCCCCCCCCCCUCUUCCUCUCUCUCUCUCUCUCUCUUUCUCUCUCUCUUUCUCUCUAUCUCUUUCUCUCCCUCUUCACCCCCUCUCUCUCUUCACCCUCACUCUCUUUCUUGCUCUCUCUCUCUCUCUUUCUCUCUCUCUCUCUCCCUCUUCACCCCCUCUCUCCCUCUUCACCCCCUCUCUCUCUCUUCCUCUCCCUCUCUCCAUAUAGAAGGACUCCCAUGUGUUGUAUCUGGGACAGGAGCUGGAGAGUCUUAAGGUGGUUCUGGAGAUGAAGACCAAGCAGCUUCACCAACAGGACAAGAAACUCAUGCAGAUGGACAAGCUGGUGAGCACGCACGCAACACACACACACACACACACACACACACACACACACACACACACACACACACAUGCCCUGAGCUUGCCCCUGUGUAUGUUCCCUGUUGUUUUUGCUAGCUCUUUCUGUACAUCACUGAAAGGGUGUGUCAUCUUAUAUAAUCCCUUAUAAGACGUGCACACACACACACACACUCCUGUAAAGGCUGAGUGUUUUACUAAGGGCUUGUUUUUUCCGUUAAAGUUCAUGAUAGAUUGUCUUCAGUCUUGGGAGUCACCACAUACAGUCAUUUGGCUGCAAAACAAAACUGCAUAAAUGCACCACAAAUAAUGAGUCAUGAUUGCAAAGGUUGAGUCUGCCUCGCCGAAGAGCAACCUAGUAAAACAAAUACCUUUGUCUCAAAGUGUUUAUCAGAAGCCGAGGUGACCGUGGCAAUAAAUAUAUUCCAGUACGAUUGAUAAAUAGCAUAUAGGAAUAACAUUCCAUUAGCUUUUAAAUGAAUAUGGUUGAUAUUCCAAUAUAAAAGAUAGGAGGCUGUCUGCGCUCUUUAAAGGUAUUUUAUAUCAAAUAGUGUAUGUUCCAGGUGCAUAGGUAUCACAAUGAGAAUACUGGAAGAGAUGGAGAGCCGCACACUGUCGCAAAGGAGGAAAUAAUCAAAAACUGAGGCUUAAAUGCAAAAAUGAAGAUGUUGUAUUAUGACAUUAUGGUACCCAAAAGUUAAUUGUGUAGAAAAGUGCAUGAAUAAAAGUUGAAAACACAAACGUUUCUGCAUCAAGCCAUCAUCAGUGUGAAUGGUGAGCACGCACACCAGGCUUCUAUUUGAGGUUAAUUGCAUAAUGUCACAUGAUCUAGUGAGUAAAUCGCUGUAUCGCAUUAGUGGAAACCAAGACUGUUCUCAGUGCAGGUCUGCCGGUUUUGACUAGCAGAAGUUACAUUUCGUAACAGGUUAGUGGAACUUACGCAGCAGGUUAGGAGAAUUAGGUUAAGGUUAGGAAAAGGGUUAGGGUUAGCUAAAAUAUAUCUAGCUACAACCAGGCCUGCCCUGAGAACAGGCUUGGUUUCCACUAAUGUGACGCUGCGAGCAAAUCUAUACAUGCAAACAAGUACAUAGGAACAUGGCAUGAUUAAAGUACAGGAGCGGAGAGAGAAAAAUCUACAUUUUUACUUUUUACAUAUACCAUGUGAAAAUGUCAUAAGAAUAAAAACACAGGAUUGUAAAGGAUAUUCCAAUAUACAUUAUUAUAGACACCCUAAUGAAGGCAUGAGCCAAUACGCGUUGGUGUAUUUCAAUAAUGCCUUAUCCCACACAUCAAAGGCUUUUUAAACUUUCAAACCCACACGAGUACCUGGAUUUAUUUAUGCCACUUAGCACCCAUUUGUGGAUUUGUGGUUAUAAAGUUUUUCUUUUGCUUUUCAAUACCUUAUUACCGUUUAUAAAUACACAUAUUUCAGUAGUAGGUAUGAAUAUGCAGUACAGGAUGUGACGUUGUCUUUGUGUUGUCUGUCUGGCGCCAGAUGGAGAGCAACGUGAAGCUGGAGGAGCGUCUGAACAAAGUCCAGCAGGAGAAUGAAGAUUACAGGGCCCGCAUGGACAAACACACCGCACUCUCCAGGUACGUACUGCACAGAGGAGUGUGUGUGUGUGUGUGUGUGUAUGUGUAUGUGUGUGUGUGUGUGUGUGUGUGUGUGUGUGUGUGUGAGAGAGAGUGAGUGUGACUCAUCUUUCUCCAGAAUCCUCAUCUUCACAAUCUGUCCUUCCAGCAGGGUUUCUAUCAUACAGAAUGUGGUUCUAAGAAUGUGUGUGUUCCUCUGUGUGUGUUUAUCGGUGUUGGUCUAAUAGAGGAUGUUUGGUGAACCACCUUCACUCUGUGUGUGUGUGUGUGUGUGUGUGUGUGUGUGUGUGUGUGUGUGUGUGUGUGUGUGUGUGUGUGUUUCUUCCUCUCUCUGACCCCUCUCUCCUCUCUGGGUCUCCUGCAGGCAGUUGUCCAGUGAGCAGGCCAUGCUGCAGCAGACCCUGCAGAAGGAGUCCAAGGUCAACAAGCGUCUCUCCAUGGAGAAUGAGGAGCUGCUGUGGAAGCUGCACAACGGUGACCUGGCCAGCCCCCGCCGCCUCUCGCCCUCCUCGCCCUUCCACUCGCCCCGUAACUCCGCCUCCUUCCCCACCGCCGCAGCCCCACUCUCGCCCACCAGAUAACCCAAACCCGGGAGAGAGA